GGACACAUCCCUGCAAUAUGAAGACUGGGCAUACAACUCCUGGUAGGUAAAGGGAGACAUUUAGUCAUCCUACCCCAGGAUAUUUUUUUGCUUCGUUCUUUUGAAAUCAAAAUGCAACAAAUAUGUAAAAAUGCAAUUUUUCCCCCCUCACCACAAACAUUGACAUAAAUUGGUGAAAAAAUGGUGACAGGUUAAGGCACAAUACACACCAUAUAAGAUACCCUGGGGUGUCUGCUUUAUCAAAUGAAAGCCUUCUGUGGGGUUAUUUGAACACUGCUAUAAUACCCUAAAAUGAGACAAAUCCAUCUACGAAAAUGCUAAUUAGAAUAUGAAUUCGGAUGAAUUUUGGGCAAUUUGGACAUUCGGGUACUUCCGAAUGUCCGAAUAGACAAAGUGCUGAAUUGCCGAGGUCCCGAAAUUACAGAAUUCUGAAGUGUAGACGUGCCGAAGUUCCGGAGCACAGUAUUGCCUAAGUACUAAUAUACUUACCAAGUGGAAGAAGAAGAAUGUUACACUGUAUACAAUUUUAAAUAAAAAGUAUACAAACAUAGCCAGGAUUCAGCUGUAAGCAUUUGCAACACUUACAACAUGUAAGUGUUGAAUGUAACACACAUUCAUAUAAAAUGUAAAUUACUUAGCCUGUCAUGUAAUUACAGCAAUGAAUAGGUAGAUAACUCCCUAAUUCCCACAGUACUAAUUGGUCUUUCAGACAAAUUUACUAAUACUAAGUAAACAUUACUUAGUAUUAGUAAAUUAUGCCCCUACAAACAAAAAAAAACACGUCCUCCCUCCCCCUCCUAACCUGAAGGGGGGACCUAUUGCCCCCCCCGAACGGCGGGUGGGGACCCUAAAGUAAAAUAAGGGGGGGGGACCUAUUGUCCUCCCCUUGGCCACCACCGCUGAGUGGUGGGUGGGGGCCCUAAAGUAAAGUUGCGUUUGAACACAAACAGCAAAAAAUGCAAAAAUGGCUUGUGUCCUUAAGCGUAAGACAAGUUUCUGAAUCUGUGUCCUUAUGGGGUUACAUAUUUUUGAACCCCUCUCUUUUUAUCUCAAUCUACACAGAAUCCUAAAAUAUAAGUGACAAUUACUUUAACAUUUUAUUUUACUUUAUUUAAUAACAAUUUAAUUAUUUGCUAUAGAGUAGAAAAGAUUUGUCAUCUGGUAUAUAUUUAUGUUGAUGCAUACCUCGUGUUGGUUCACUGCGCCACAAGAAGUUGAAAAGUUGACAAACCUUAGAACCCCCACGCCCUCCUAAAGGAAAUCAAAAAAAAAGAGAGAGAGAAGUGUGUGAUUUGAACAGAAUCACAUUGUAGAGGGAGUGCCAGUUUAUACAUUCAAACUGCCAACACUGCAAAAAAUCUACAAAUAGAAUCAAAUUAGAAUAUUAUUUGAUUUCAUUACAUUGUAAUCUGCUCUCAUUCAAUAUCAUUUCUGAAAUGUAAGCUUGUCAAGCCCUAACUAUGCUCAUUCUUCUGACAUACUAACUGGUUUAUUUACUAAAUAUAGAAUAAAAAAACACAUUGCAUAAUUCAGGAAAAACAUGCUGAUUUGGAAAAAGAAAAUCUACAAGCAACUAUAUGCACAGCAUGGCUAUUUGUGUCAGUUUUUAUAUUCACUACCAUUCAGUCAUUAGUGAAUAAACUCCCCAUAUAUUAAAAUACAGUUAAAGGGACACUAUAGUUACCAGAACAACUACAGCUUAUUGAAUUUGUUCUGGUGAGUAGAAUCAUUGACUUCAGGCAUUUUGCUGUAAGCAAUGUCUUUUCACAUAAAAUGCAGUGUUUACAUUACAGCCUAGUGAUAACUUCACUGGCCACUCCUCAGAUAGCUGUUAGAGAUCCUUCCUGGGUCAUGGCUGCUUUAAAUGCAUCCAAAUAUUCAGUAUCUCCUCCCUCUGCAUUCAGACACUGAACUUUCCUCAUAGAGAUUCAUUGAUUCAAUUCAUUUCUAUGAGGAGAUGCUGAUUGGCCAGGGCUGUGUUUGAAUCAUGCUCUGCCCCUGAUCUGCCUCUUUGUCAGUCUCAGCCAAUCCUAUGGGGAAGCACUGUCAUUGGAUCAGGUUACCACUUCUGAUGAUGUCAGCAGACAGCUUGUUUUUUUUGAGUCUAACAGCAUGCAGAGUUACAACUUCAGGCUUGAAUACAGUAAGAGUUUUGCUAUAUUUAUGGAGGCAUGAGGGACCCAGGGGGGCUAGAUGGUGGUGUUAACACUAUAGGGUCAGGAAUACAUGUUUGUGUUUCUGACCCAAUAGUAAUACUUUAAGGGGUAAAUAAAGAAACCGAUGGAAUAAGAGACACCUCAAACUUCUCAAAUGACUUUUUGCUUAGUAGUGUAAUUCUUCAUGACGUACAUGGACAUGGAGCCAAAAGGGAUAGGAAUCAUAAUGUAAAAACAAAUUGGCAAUUUUUAAUCAAAACUGAAAAAAAACACACAUUGCUUUAAACAUCACAUAUAAAGUAAUGGUGAGGUCACACCAUUGCUGUAGCUCAGAAACAUAUUUAAAGGGGCACUCAAUGCACCCUAAUCGUUACAGCUUAGUGUAGUGGUUUUGCCACAGGGUCUGUGGGCUCCAUUCUAUGAUUUUUUUUUCUGCAAGUGAUUUAAAGUGACAUUAAAGUCACCCAGACCACUUCAGCUCAUUGAAGUGGUCUGGGUGCAGUGUUUCAGGUCCUUUAAUCUUGCAAAGGUAAUUAUUGCAGUUUUUAAGAAACUACAAUAAUUACCUUGCAGGGUUAACUCCACGUCUACCACUAGAGGGACUUCCGGGCUGUUAAUCGACUUUCUAUAAUGCUUUUCUAUGGGAAAAUCCUAAUGUAAGUGUGGCCAUUGCUGCGUAUGUGCAUUAGGUCUCCCCAACCAGCUGAUGUUGGCAAGGAAGGAGUGAAGGUUUUUAACCACUUCUGCACCACAGGGGUGGUUAUAGUGCCAGAAAAACAAGUUUGUUUUGCUGGCACUAUAGUUUCCCUUUAACAAAAAACAGGGUAUACUGAGACUACCCCUGCUUGUCGGCAUUGAUAAUGCUAAACCGAAGGAAUCCUCCAGGCACCAUCACAACUUCAUUAAGAUGUCUGCAGUGUUCCUUCAACACUAAUGCAUUUUCAAUGUCAUUAAAGCGAUGUAUCUCAGGUGUCUCCAGAGGCAUGAUGAAAGCAUUUGUUGGCAAAAAAAAGAGUAUGUGUUUCAUCAAAUAUUGGUGAUAUGGCAACAGGUAAAUGGCUGCCAUUAUCUAGACACAGAUUAUUCACCACGUUGAAGAACUGCAAUACAAAAAGUGCUGUCCUCUGUUAUGUAUAAAACAUAGAUAAAUAUAGUGUCGGGUUUGGGAUAACUGAAUUUUCUAUUGCAGAUCAUGCAUUAUACAUACUGUGGGGCCGCAUGGUUUCAAGUUGUGCUAAGCCAAAUAUACUACUAUGAAAGAUGUGAAAAGCACAGUUAAGCCAUUUUUGUUGUUUACACUGUAUUUCUUGUGCUAUACAUUGCAUCCCCUUAAUUGGUAGCAGACCUGUUGUGGUAGCCACAAAUGACAUUGUUAAUAUUACUCUUAAACUACCAAGAGCUCUCCCUGUGUGUUUUUAAUGCACAUUCCUGACACACCCUUAGACUCCUUCAUGAAACAUACCCAUCCUUUAAAUAUGGAAAAGCCUGAUUAACCCCGUGAUGAAACAGUGACUGACAUGUUUGGGAAAGGGCACACUAUACAGCCUUAUAACACUGAUUAAUUCUUGUUGUACUGAAAAAAACAUGAAAACACAUACAGUAAGGUUCUUUUUUAAUCUAGACAAAAUUCUCACUUAUACAAUGUUCCAACAUAACCUGAGUAUUCCCCUUAUAUAUUAAAUGGACACUAUAAUCACCAGAACGACAGCUUAUUGUAUUUGUUUUGGUGAGCAGAAUUAUUCCCUUCAAGCUUUUUACCGUAAAUACUGCUUUUCUGAGGACAUGCAGUGUUUACAUUACAGCCUAGGGAUGCAUCUUGCUUCCUGGGGCAGUUCUGCACAAUGAGCAGCACUGACAUUCAGUGUCUCCACCCUCUUCAUGGCAAUGCUGAACUUUCCUCAUAGAGAUGCAUUGAUUCAAUGCAUUUCUAUGAGGACAUGCUGAUUGGCCAGGGCUGUGAUUGGCUUGUGCUGGCUCUCCCCCUGAUAUGCACCCUUGACAAUAUCCACCAAUCCAAUGCUUUCCUAUGUGAAAGCAUUGUGAUUGGUUUAGAUCACCACUUCUGAUGAUGUCAGCCAAGCAGGCAGAUCAGGGGCAGAGCCAGAAGCACAGACUGGAAUAAAGGUAAGAUUUCACUAUAUUUAGGGUUAAAAGAUGGGGGGGUCCUUAUUAACAUCUUCAGGGUUAUUCAUUACAGUGAGACCAAUUGUUCCUAACAAUACUUGUAACAGUUUGUCUCAUUUGCUGUUAAAUACUACCCCUUUAUAAUAUUGUAAAGCGCUAGAAAGUAAGUUGGUGCUAUAUUAAUAAUAAUAAUUACUCUGAAUUUAAAAUUUAAAUUCAAAAUAGCUGAACUGGAAAAAUUUCAGUCAGCUGUGCUUUCAGUUGGGCUACUCUGGCCUUAAAGUAGAAAUUUACUUUGAAUUCACUUAAAAUUCUCACGUUGGUAAAUAACCUUGCUUGUUUCUGUUAACAUAUGUCAUAGUUUGUAACAGUUUGUCUCGUUUGCUGUUAUAUACCUGCAGGAAAAUUGUACAGCACUGCAGAAUAUGUUUGCACUAAGUAUUAAUUCUUUGUUUCUAAUAAAUAUAGGUAAAUAUAUAACUGAAUAAAGUAUUUCUUCUAUAACAUUGUCUACAUAGAUUCUUUAUUUUACAUAAUGCCAUUUGAUGUUCUUAUAAUACCCAGAUUUUACUAAUAUCAUGAUUUUAUUGAAGACACAGAGGCGAGUAUAUUAUACUGCACUUCUUUAAUCUCCUCAGCAGCAAAGCAAGAUAACAUUAAAGGGACACUCCAGGCACCCAGACCACUUAUGCUGUGGUCUGCAGCAUCACCCUUAACCCUGCAAGUGUAUAUAUUGCAGUUUUAUAAACUGCAAUAAUUACCUUGCAGAGUUAAGUCCUCCUCUAGGGGCUGUCUAUUAGACAGCCACUAGAGGGGCUUCUGGCUUCUUAAAACACGAAAAGUGUUUUAAACGAUGCUGGAAGUCCUCACGCUAUGCAUGAGGACUUCCAGUAUCGCCAGAAUCCCCAUAGGAAAGCAUUGAAUGUUAUUCAAUGCUUUCCUAUGGGGAGGUCUUAAGCGCGCGCCCACAUUGCUGCGCAUGCGCAUUAGUUCUCCCCCGCCGGCUGACGGUGGGGGAGCAGUGUGGGCGGAGCCUGACCCAGUGCCGAGGGACAUCGGCGGUGGAUUCAGGUAAGUCACUGAAGGGGUUUUAACCCAUUCAGCAUCAUGGGAGGGAGAGGGGCACUGCAGGAUUCUGCAGUGCCAGGAAAACGGGUUCCGUUUUAACAUAGUUGAAAAAACUAUGGAAAAUGAAAAAAUAACAUCCUGUACAUACAUCAUAUGCAUAACACAUCAUCCAAUGAAAUACAGGCACAAUCCUAUAUAAGGCAGGACCUAUCUCUCCACUUCCUCUUUCUGUUGAUCCCGAAGCUAAAUCGAUUUAAACUUUUCGGAACAAUAUAAGCCAAAUAGCAGGACAAACUGCAACGAACUGUAGAAUCAUAUAUAGAAGUUUUGAACUUUCAGGGAAGUUGUCCAUGAAGCAAGUUAGGCUAAAAGAAAAGAAACAAUAUGGUAAUAACUGGGAGUACCAAGUAUGCGCAAUCAUCAUCACCCACAAUUAUAGUAGUUAAUAGGUAAGUAUAUGAAAUCGGUAAUCAGGUUAGUAAGCAACAUAAAUAUUAUAAACCAUGCACUACGUGUCAAACGUAAUCCCUUACCCAUAAUGAAACACAUCAUAGUCAUGGAAACAAACAAUCCACUUACCGUAUCCCAGUAGAGAGAGUUCAAUGGAAGGGUUAAUACUUGCCUCCGUGCCUUUAAUAAAAUACCCAGAUUUUACGAAUAUUAAAGACACAGAGGCUUAUAUUAUGCGUGUUCAAAGCUGGUCAAUAACUUCUUCUGAAAAAUGGCUGAUGGGUUUAAAAUAGAAAUCCCUGAAAGUACAUUCCGAAGACCAGUCCACUGCUUUCAGAAUGUCUUCCAAUCUACAACCAGCAGAUGAGGGUUUAGAGGCCAUAGCCCACCGAACAGAGUGCGGGGAAAACAGGGAAACAUCAAUACCCGCUAAUUUGAUGUUGCGCAAUUAUAACCAUACCCUGUCACCCACUUAGUAAAAGGGGUUGGCACCCGCCGUUUAUCCGCAUAGUACUUGAAGCGAUCAGCUGCAGUUUUGAGAGCGGAAUUAACUUUGGUACAAGUAUCACGGAGAGAAGAAAGGCGAUCAUCCAAAGCAGGGAUAGUUGUCUCGGAGAAAACAGCCGGCAGGACAGUAGGAUGACAACCGUUAUUAACAAAGAAUGGGCUGUGACCAGAAGAGUCAUGGGUAGCAUUGUUCCUAGCAAACUCGGCCCAGGGUAGUAAUUUGGACCAAUUAUCUUGAGUGCUAUUUACAAAACAACGCAGAUAUAACUCUGACUGGUUAGCCCUCUCAGCCAUGACCCAUUUUUUCCUCCAAGUGGAGGAUGACACUGGUAGGUGUGGUUUGCGAAAAGAGAUAAACAAUUGAUGCUAUCUGGGUGGUGAAGAGCCGUGGUUCUCGCUUCAUAUUCCUGCAAACAUCGAACAGGGCAUAGAUUUGGUCUUACAGGAAAUGACGGGUAGGCAGUUGAACGAGAAGAUGUCUUAGUCCUAUGAGAAAUAUCGAAAAGGACACCUGCAGGAGUGAAUGAGCGGUCAUCGAUAGCCAACACUCUCACAUCUGAAACCCUUUUUCAUGAGAAUUAGCAAAAAAGAACCAAUAAUUCAUUAUUGUCAGGAUUACUAGUUGAUCCAGCACGUAGAAUUGUGUCACAUAGAUGACUAAUAGGCAACGUAUUACCGGGCCUUAGUAUGGCUGGACUUAACGUACCAAAGAGUAGUCAGGAUACUUGCCGAGGUCAGGGGAUACAGAAAGAGACACAACGAUAAGGGAAAGCCAGAAGUCAGGGAUGCCAGAUACAGGGAAGUCAAAAUCAAAGCCAAAGUCAAAAACCAGAAGAAACUUAAAUCAGGAACGCGCUCUCUGACAACCACUAGGGAAACCACGACAAGGCACUGAGCAAGAUGAGAACUGGGCCUAAAUACCCCUCCUCUAUAUCUGAUAGGCUGUAAUCGACCUUUGACCCCAAAGGCAGUUACCAGGUUCUCAUUUGCAUAAUUGCUCCUCAGCACAAACCCUCCUGUGGAUUUGAUUGCCGCUCAGCACAACUUUUCCUGUCAGAACAGUAAAUGUCAUUCAUCACAUUUUUUUAUGCGGAUGAAUACGUCACAUUACCCCCCACCUGAAGAAUGCCCACCAGGCGGGCAGGACCAGGCUUGAGAGGAAACUUGGUGUGAAAAUAGCGAAUCUUGCGGCCAGCAUGUAUAUCAGAUGCCAGAACCCAAGAACGAUCGGCUGGUCCAUAACCUUUCCAAUCCACCAAGUACUGUAAAGUGCCCCGAGAAAACCUGGAAUCAAUUAUGGAAGAGACCUCAUAAUCUUCCUGUCCAGAAACAACUAAGGAAGGAGGAGGGACACUUGAGACAGUAUAUUUAUUGCAAACAAGAAGUUUGAGUAGUGACACAUGAAAGGUAUUAGGAAUACGUAAUGAGGCCGGGAGGGCCAGAGAUCUGGGUACAGACUUCAUACUAGGUACUUUCAAUUUGAUGUUGCGCGAUUAUAACCAUACCCUGUCACCCACUUAGUAAAAGGGGUUGGCACCCCGCCGUUUAUCCGCAUAGAACUUGAAGCGAUCAGCUGCAGUUUUGAGAGCGGAAUUAACUUUGGUACAAGUAUCACGGAGAGAAGAAAGGCGAUCAUCCAAAGCAGGGAUAGUUGUCUCGGAGAAAACAGCCGGCAGGACAGUAGGAUGACAACCGUUAUUAACAAAGAAUGGGCUGUGACCAGAAGAGUCAUGGGUAGCAUUGUUCCUAGCAAACUCGGCCCAGGGUAGUAAUUCGGACCAAUUAUCUUGAGUGCUAUUUACAAAACAACGCAGAUAUAACUCUAAUGACUGGUUAGCCCUCUCAGCCAUGCCAGUAGUUUGGGGAUGGUAAGCAGAAGAAAAAGACAAUUCAAUGCCCAACCGUUUACUGAACGCCCUCCAAAACUGAGACACAAACUGAGAGCCCCUAUCAGACAUAAUAUUGUGAGGAAUGCCAUGUAGUCGGACAAUCUCAUGUAUAAAGAUAAGAACCAGGUCUUGAGAGGAUGGCAAUUUUUUAAGUGGAAUAAAAUGAGCCAUCUUGGAGAAACGGUCAAACACCAUAAAAAUGGUGGUAUAGCCAGUAGAACUCGGAAGUUCAACGAUGAAGUCCAUUGACAAGUGGGACCAUGGAACACUAGGUACAGGAAGUGGUUGCAACAAACCACAAGGAAGCUUAUGAGAGACCUUAGAAACAGCACAAACUGAACAAGCCUGUACAUAGUCCUUCACGUCGUUUUUAAGGGAUUCCCACCAAAAUGAUCUCAGGAUCGCAGAUAUGGAUUUAUUGAUACCUGGGUGUCCAGCAGUCACAUUGUAGUGGAACACCCUCAGCACAUUUCUUCUUUCACCUAAAGGAACAAACAAUUUGUCCAGUGGUUUAUUGCAUGGUACCUGAGACUGAGCCUCCAUUAUAGCACCAAGCAAGGGACAGGAAGCGAUGAUACAUUCAGGAGGCACGAUAGGGGAUGUCUCGUGUUCCUGUAAAGACUCAGUAUCAAACUGUCUAGACAAGGCAUCAGCCUUCGCAUUUUUGGGACCAGGUCUGUAAGUUAUAAGGAAGUUAAAGCAAGACAGAAACAAAGACCAUCUAGCCUGUCUAGAAGAUAGACGUUUAACAUCCCCUAUAUAAGCCACAUUCUUAUGGUCCGUAAUGAUCAAAAGGGGAUCCUUGGAACCUUCCAAAAUAUGUUGCAAUUCUUUAAGUGCUAGGAUAAUGGCCAACAAUUCUCUGUUGCCAAUAUCAUAAACUGCGCUCAGCGGGGGACAACUUUCUGGAAAAGUAACCACAAGGAUGCAAAGAGGUGUCCUGACUCUCCCUUUGAGAAAAAACCGCCCCUACCCCAGUUUCGGAGGCAUCAACUUUCAAUAUGAAGGGUUUGCUGGUAUUAGGGUGUCUCAGUAUGUCGGCAGAAGCAAACCUUUGUUUAAGAAGUUGAAAAGCCUCUCUAGCUUCCUUAGACCAUACCCUACUACUAGCCCCCUUACGUGUCAUAUUGGUGAUGGGGGCUAUUACAGAAGAAAACCUCUUGAUAAAUUUUCUGUAAUAGUUUGCAAACCCAAUAAAUCUUUGGAUGGCUUUUAGUCCGCUAGGCACUGGCCACUGUAUAACAGCCACUAGUUUCUUAGGGUCCAUCUGAAAACCAGAGGCAUAAAUGGUAUACCCCAAAAACUGUACUUCAGUCUCAUCAAAUGAGCAUUUUUCCAAUUUACAAUAAAGUUUGUUUUCCAGUAAAGUCUGCAAUACUUGUUUGACCUGUUUGUGGUGGGUUUGAAGGUCAGGGGAAUAAAUAAGGAUAUCAUCCAAAUAAACCAGGACAAAUUAAUAGAUAUAAUCCCUGAGUACAUCAUUAAUAAAAUCCUGGAACACGGCCGAUGCAUUGCAUAGCCCAAAAGGCAUAAUAAGGUACUCAUAGUGCCCGCAUCUAGUGUUAAAUGCCGUUUUCCCACUCAUGAUUUUCCUUGAUUCUUACCAAAUUGUAUGCACUCCUGAGAUCCAGUUUGGUAAAGAUCUUAGCACCCUAUGAAGUCUAUCAAACAAUUCAGAAAUGAGAGGAAUAGGAUAGGCAUUCUUAACAGUAAUCUUAUUUAAUGCUCUGUAGUCAAUGCAUGGAUGUAAUUCUCCAUCUUUCUUUUCUACAAAAAAGAAGCCUGCACCAGCAGGGGAGGAUGAUAUCCGUAUAUGGCCCUUGUUUAGUGAGUCUUUGAUAUAUUCUUCCAUUAUUUUACUCUUCUGUGGCGAUAAGGCAUAUAUGUCCCUUUAGGUGGCAUAGCGCCGGGUAACAGAUUUUUGGAGCAGUCAUAUGACCUGUGAGAAGGUAAGAUAUUGGACUGACUCUUACUAAAUACUUCCUUAACCUCCCGGUAUUGUAUGGGAACUUCGGGGGUUUGAGGUGUAGUAAUGGGUAAUUUAAUGUUACCCACUCUCUUGGUGAGGUGUAACAUACACUUCCCAUUACAAUCCUUUGCCCAUUACAAUAUUUCCCCAUUAGCCCAGUCGAUAUGAGGGUUAUGCUUACUAAGCCCAGGAAAGCCGAAUAUGAUAGGGCAAGAAGGAGAUGCAAUAACUUGGAAUAUUAUAUCUUCCUUAUGUAAGGCACCAAUAGACAUGUUAAUGUGCAUGGUUUCAUGGGUAAUUAAGGGUUGAGAGAGUGAUCUCCCGUCAAGAGCCUCAACGGCCAGAGGUGAUAUUCUCUCCUUGAUAGGUAUAGCAUUCUUUUUAACAAAAUGAACAUCAAUGACAUUUCCUGCUGCACCUGAGUCCAUCAGGACCUUGCAUGAAAAGUUCUUUUUGUCAACUAUGAUCGUAAUAUCAAGGAGAAAUCUAUUUGUUAUUCCCAGAGGACGUAUCCAUUACACCUAAGACCUGUCCCCUUAAGGUUCUUAGGUGUGGUAGUUUUCCGGACGUAUGGGACAAGUACUCCUCAUUUGUCCUUUUUUACCACAGUAUAUGCAUAGACUCUCUCUUCUCCUAUGUUGUCUUUCUGCCUCUGACAGUCUAAUGACCCCCAACUGCAUAGGUUCGGACUGUAUAGAGAGAUCGUGAAAAACUGGUCUGGAGAAAUGAGGUGCUAAUGGCAAAGCCAUACGUCUGGUUUCAUUUCUGGUUCUGAGUCUAUUAUCAAUAAGCAUAAUAAACAUAAUAAACUCAUUGAGUUUUUUAGGUAGUUCUUUGGCAGCAAUCUCAUCCAACAUAGUCUCAGAUAAUCCCUUCUUAAAUGUUGAGAUUAAUCCGCUGUUAGUCCAGUCUACCUUGGAAGCCAAGGUGCGAAAUUCUUUGGCAUACUCCAAGAUAGACCGGUUCCCUUGGCUAAUAUGCAUUAGGGCAGUGGAGGCGUCAUCCUCCCUGCCUAAUGGUUCAAACGUAAGUUUAAAUUCAUGGUAAUUUUGUGCAAUGCUCUUACUACUCUCCCAUAACGGAUUGGCCCAAGCUACAGCUUUACCUUUAAGUUGGUUCAUCAGGUAACCAAUUUUAGCUCUGUUAGUGGGAAAAGAUCGCGGUGAGGCUUCAAAAUGAUACUCAAUUUGGUUAAUGAAUCCCCGGCAUUCUUGAAUAUUACCAUCGAAAUGCAAGGGAGGAGAUAGGGAGAUUGUAGGUACCUUAUGUACUACAGGAGGUACAUUAGGCGGAGGUGACACCGUUGGAGAAGACGCAGGUUGCAGAUGCGCUGUUCGAGUAAGGAGCGUACUGAAAGCCUGGGCAAACUGAUCCAUACAGUGGUCAUUCUCCACUAGCUUUCUCUCGCAAGCAGCUAUGUACUGACACAAUUCUACAGUAUCUAUGGCCAUGUCAUAAUGUCAGGAUUACUAGUUGAUCCAGCACGUAGAAUUGUGUCACACAAAUGACUAAUAGGUAACGUAUUACCGUGCCUUAGAAUGGCUGGACUUAACGUACCAAAGAGUAGUCAGGAUACUUGCCGAGUUCAGGGGAUACAGGAAGAGACACAACGAUAAGGAAAAGCCAGAAGUCAGGGAUACCAGAAUACAGGGAAGUCAAAAUCAAAGCCAAAGUAAAAAACCAGAAGACACUUGAAUCAGGAACGUGCUCUCGGACAACUACUAGGGAAACCACGACAGGGCACUGAGCAGGAUGAGAACUGGGCCUAAAUACCCCUCCUCUAUAUCUGAUAGGCUGUAAUCGACCUUUGAACCCAAAGGCAGUUACCAGGUUCCCAUUUGCAUAAUUGUCACUCAGCACAAACCCUCCUGUGGAUUGGAUUGCUGCUCGGCAUAACUUUUCCUGUCAGAACAGUAAAUGUCAUUCAUCACAUUUUUAUAUGCGGAUGAAUAUGUGACAAUUAUGCACAGUCUCAAGAAAGUAUAAGACAGCAUUAACAUCCCACAAUGUACAUCCCACAGAGUAAAGAGGUCUGGGGGGUCUAGAGAGACGGAUGCCGUGCAGGAGUCGAAAUAUGUAUGUCUGUCGUCCGACCGCAGUACCUUCAAUACCCUCAAUAGCCUUGAAGAGGUGAAGAGAGUUCCAAUCGGCUGUCUUGUUGGAGAGGCCGGGAAUGUAUUCCGCUGUUACUGAAAUUUCGAGGUGUAGUCAAUAAUGUAAAAAAAUCGCAGGGCAUGUUCGCUAGGAUCCUGGAGGCUAGACGGUUGAUGUACCGAACCUCCGAUACAUUGUCCAUCCUCAACAAAAUAGAACAUUGAGAGCUUGGCCAGGAGUUCCAGACAAUUUAUGUGGUAGCUUUUCUGUUCCUGGGACCAGCUUCCACCCCUGGAGAUAUCUUUGCAGCGUGCGCCCCAGCCAUGUAGACUUGCGUCAGAUUCUACAAUCACAUCUGGAGCCAUGCCAAAGAUGGCGCAUCCGUUCCAUUCCUCCAUGUGGCAGAGCCACCAUUUGAGUUCCUCUUUUGCUUCCAUAUCUAAGAUUACAGCCUCUUCGUAGGAAGAACCUGUACCUGUAGACCGCUUGAAGGCGUUGUAGUGCCCUGUAGUGGAGCGGUCCUUGAAAAAUUGCUUGGAUAGAAGCUGCUAGAAGGCCGACCAUACGAGCCAGCUGUUUGAGAGAGAUCUGCGGGGUGUGCAGCAAGAGAGAGAUUUUCUUUUGAUAGACUUCACUUUGGACAUGGGUAGUUGUAGAGUCUGUGUUGUUGAAUCAGCAGGCCUAGAAAUUCUAUGUGUUGCGUGGGCGAGAGAAUGGAUUUCUCCUCGUUGAUUAGGAAUCCCAGAUUUUGGAGGAGGGUCAUGGUCCAGGCCAGGUGCAAAUGCAAUGUGCUUUGGGAAGACAACAUUAGAAGAAUGUCAUUGAGGUAAAUGGUGAGACGUAUGCCUCAACUGCUCAGAAAAGCGACUACCUGCUUCAGGAUUUUGGUAAAGCACCACGGGGCUGAAGAGAGUCCGAAUGGGAGGCAUGUGAAUCUCCAUUUCUUUCCUUCCCAAAUGAAUUGCAGGAAGUUGCGGUUGCUUACAGAUAUCGGCACCGUGAGGUAUGCAUCCUUUAGGUCCAAUUUGGACAUCCAAUCUGACGGGUGAAGUAGGUUGCGACGACAGUGGAGCCCCUCCAUUUUGAAAUGGUGGUACCUGAAAAAAUAAUCCCUUUGGGUGGGAACAAUUGGAGAGGCAGAUACACAAACUCUAUAGCAUAUCCCCGUACAGCUUGGAGCACCCACGUAUCCUGGGUUAUUAGAGCCCAUACAUAGAAAAAAUGUGUGAGUCGUCCCCCCACAGACCAUAGGGAAGAAUGGAGAUUGAGCAAGCUUACUGUAAGCGUGUCGUCCGGAAGGCAUUCCCCGUGGUCCUCUCGCGGACCAUAGUCUGCUCCGAUGCGGGAAGAAUGGUUGGUUGGGCUUGUACUCAGGCAUGGAUGAUCUACCUGGAUAAGAACCUUGGCUCAUACUGGACGAAUCUCUCGGGGGAAGGCUGGGCAGACGGCUCCUGGCUCUUCCAGCUCCAGUGAAAAACCUUGGGGUGGAAGACCCUGCACAUGUUUCAUUGCGCCUUAUAUAGCGCAGUAAAGUUCUGUACGUAUGCCCCCAGAUCUUUUCCAAAAAAUCUCCAAAGAGGAAUCCUUGGGCUUGUCCCCCUGGUUCAUUUAUGGCCAAAUUAAUCAGUUUAGGCUAAAUUUUGUAAAGAAUGUAUUUUUCGGCGUUCCGUAGCAAUCGCCGUGUUUGUGUUGCCUAUUAGGCAUACCAAUCUCUGAAUCCCAUCUCCUGACAGAUAACAAAUCCAGUUGCAGGUUGUUAUACAAUUGUCAUGACAGGAAGGAGUGCUGUCCUGAGACAGCACUAUCCCUUUAAAUGUGGGAGCCAAUAUAGCAAAGAAUAAAUGCAAAGACACAAUGAAUAGAGUAAAUCAAGAGAGAUAUAUUAAAGAGAACCAAAGGACAAAAAAAUAACGGAAAAAAAAUUAAUUAAAAAAAUAAAAUAAAAAUAUACAUACACACACACACACACACACACACACUCACAUAAAUGUAUGCAUACAUACAUACACAAUUCCACAGAACAAUAUUUACAAUAAAUCAGGAUUACCAUAAUGGUGCAGGCAGAGUAUACUUAAACAGUCCUUUGGUAUAAGGAAUAUACUUGGGCAGGAUUGUGCAGCUACCACUAGAAAUCGGUAGGACACAGAUCCAGAGCCACAAAACAAAUAUAAUGUCACCAGGAAGCAAAGUCCGAAGCAGGACAAACGAACAAGGCUGCAGGGUCAGGAUCACUGGUAAUAAGGCAGAUGACAGGAACACUGAACCAGAACACCGGAUCGGAAGGCACAGGAACGCAGGACCAGGAGGACACGGGAACGUAGGACCAAGAAGACACGAGAAUACAGGACCAGGAAACGCAGGAAACAGGAUCAAGGAGAGAGAGUCAGAAUCACAGGAAUCAGGAAACUGGAAACAAGAACCACGGAACAAGAAACAAUGAUCUGACAAGGAGUGAGGGGAGAAACCAAACUAUAAAAGGUGCUAAACAAGGACCAGGUGUAGUGCUAAUGAAAAGAAAUUAGGAACAGUGCCAAACAGUGGUAGUGGUGAGUGUGGGCACUGCACGAAGGCAUAUCAACUAAGGAGUGUGUCGUGACAACAAUGCAUCCUCAACUGCCUCAAAUAUCUUAGUGGCCAGUCCAGGAUGUCCAGGAUUUUUUCCUGGCAAUUGCGUAGUGAAUAAUCCAGCCCCUUUUUGGAUUUCCACCCUGUUUUCCCCAAGAACUGGACAAUUUUGGGUUCCAUAACCGGCGUUUGACACACCUUAUUGGGAACAGUCAGGCGUGGGCAUUCAGCCCGCAGCUUAUUUUGCGUUGCUUUUUCUAGGGGCUUGAGGACCCGCAAAGCCAUAUAUUGUGCCCAUGUUCGGCCGGGGACCAUUCGGCUGAACAAGGUGUCUCAAUUUGUAGGUGCCUUCAGUAGAAGGGGCAUGUGAGGGAGCUGGGAUGUCAUCCCCUGCAUCCUCUGAAUCAAUGUCAAACCUCCCAUCUAGACAGGACUCGAUUAACUCCUCCUCAGAAUCGCUGAUCUGAGGCUCAGACACAUCAGUGUGGGCCUUAGCCUUUUUCCACAUCGUAGCCGGUUGUGCAUGGCUAGUGGCUCUUUUGCGCAGUUGUGCUAGUUGUUCGUCAUCUGAGACAGGUGUAAUACUAUCCAUCACAAUAUGUUUGGAGGAGUGUUUGGAUUUUGACAGGGCCUUCCGGCUGGGUAUGUUCAAAGCAGUAGCCACAGCGGGUGGAUCUGUUGCAGGGACAGAACGCUGCGCAUGCAAGAAUGCUUGGGAAAUAUUGGUGGACAGGGAACUGGACAUAAAGCCCAUAGCUGAAACCAAAGCCUUGGUCAUAGAUUUGGACAUAAAGGAGUCCAGAAUUGUUUGGAACUCGUCUGAGCCCAACAAUCUGACUUCCUUGUCUGAGGCGGAUGAGGAGAUCCUUGCAGGAGCCCCAGUAGCCUCCUGAUCCACCUUAGGUGAAGGCGUGGUAGCACUUGUCAUGGUAUUGAAACUUGACAAAUAAAGCACCUUCACAGGCAACUCAAAGGGUAUAAAGUUGGAAGAAACCCUGAUGCUGCAAGGUAUACUUUAGUAGGAAAUCCUUGAUGUGCAAGGGCAAAAUAGUGAGCAGAGACAGGGCCCAGGGUUAAGUAGCCCAAAGACCCUAAAGGAAAAAAUGACUAGCAACUGUAGGAAAAACACCAAAUUAAACUUGCAGUUAAUCAGAGGAGCAAGGAGCCGUCCGGGUGCCAAAACAAGCAAAGGGAAAUGGCACCCAGGCAGCAGCCCAGAGGGGAGGUGUAAGGGCGGUUCCCGCGCAAAACAUGCGUAAACCGAGCAGAAAAAAUGGCCACCCCAACCCACAGGGACACCAACAAGAUGGCCGCGGGCAGUGUAAGGCUCCGUGAAAAUAGCGGCCUCAAGUGGGCGGCGGAACCAAAAAGAUGGCCGCCGUGAGCUGAAUUAGGCUCUGAAAAGAUGGCACCCGUAGGUUGCCGCUCGCAUACGUGCGGAUGUGCGCAGCCCCCGAGUCAGCUGGAGUCCGUGUCUGAAGGAGGGUGAGCGCCCGGUGAGGGGGAGGCCCCUUGGGAGAGGAAACCCCACUACAGUGAGAAGGAGGGAAGGCAACACCCACAAUGCUAAACCUACAUUCCAAUACAAUGUCAGAAAUAUGUAUAAUUAUAAGCAACAAUACAAUGUCUGAAAUAUAUAAUAAAUAUAAGUAAACAAUGCCUAGAAGCAAAAAAAAAAACAUCAAAGGGUCCAGUAAGGGUUCGGAGGACCCCCUCCACAAAAGGGGGGGUGGGGUACAUAGUUACAUAGCUGAAAAGAGACAUGCAUCCAUCAAGUUCAGCCUUCCUCACAUUUGUUUUUUGCUGUUGAUCCAAAAGAAGGCAAAAAACCCAGUUUGAAGCACUGCCAAUUUUGCAACAAACUAGGAAAACAAUUCCUUCUUGACCCCAGAAUGGCAGUCAGAUUUAUCCUUGGAUCAAGAAGCUAUAAUCCUACAUUGAAAAUUUAUAUCCUUGAAUAUUUUGUUUUUACAAGUAUGCAUCUAGUUGCUGUUUGAACAUCUGUAUGGACUAUGAUAAAACCACUUCUUGAGGCGGAGAAUUCCACAUCCUUAUUGUUCUUACAGUAAAAAAAACUUUUCUUUGCUUUAGACGAAAUCUUCUUUCUUCCAGUUUAAACGCAUGACCAUGUGUCCUAUGUAAAGUCCGGUUUGGGAAUAGAUUUCAACGCAAUGGUUUGUAUUGGCCUUGAAUAUCUUUGUAUAAUGUUAUCAUAUCCCCUCUCAGGCGACGUUUUGCUAAACUAAAGAAUUUUAAAUUUGUUAAGCUUUCUUCAUAGCUGAUAUGUUUCAUUCCCUUUAUUAAUUUUGUAGCCCGCCUCUGCACUUUUUCUAGUGCUAUAAUAUCCUUCUUCAGUACAGGUGCCUAUAAUUGCACAGCAUAUUCAAUAUGUGGUCUUACCAGCGAUUUAUAAAGAUGCAAAAUGAUUUUCUCUGAAAAUGAAUGCCCUAUUUCAUGCAUGACAACACCUUACUGGCCUUAGCCACUGUUGCAUAGUUUGUUGUCUAUAACAAUUCCCAUGUCAUUUCCGUGUGUUGUUAUCCCUAAUUUACUUCCUUUAAGGGUAUACACCACUUACCACCUCUGUCCAGCUUGAAAAUGUACCAUUAAUGACAACUCUUUGUACUCUAUUAUUAAGCCAAUGUUCUACCCAAGAACAAGAAUUUUCAUCAUUUCUUUUAGUUUGAACACUAAUCUAUUGUGUGGAACUUGAUCAAAUGCCUUUGUAAAAUCCAAAUAGAUCACAUCCACUGCAACACCCAGAUCUAUACUUCUACUUACUUCUUCGUAGAAUGUAAUCAGGUUAGUUUGACAUGACGUGUGCUUCAUAAAACCAUGCUGAUUUUUGCUGAUAACCAUGUUCUUCUCAAGGAAUUCUUGAAUAUUAUCCUUUAACCUUUCAAAUACUUUUCCAGCCACGGAAGUUAAGCUCACAGGUCUAUAAUUUUCAGGCAAGGAUUUUGAACCCUUUUUAAAUAUAGGAAUCAGAUCUGCCUUCCUCCAAUUCUCCGGACCACUUCCUGAAAGAAAAGAAUCUUAAAAGAUUAAAAACAGAGGUUCACAUAUUUCUACACUUAGUUCCUUAAGUACUCGUGGAUGAAUACCUUCAAGCCCUGGAGCUUUGUUUAUAUUAAGUUUCUUUAGUUGCUGCUAGACAUGUGCAAUUUGUUUUGGUCCGAUUGUGAAUUCAGACGAAUUCAGACGAAUUUCGGGAAAUUCGGACAUUCGGGUACUUCCGAAUGUCCGAAUAGAUGGAUUGCCGAAUUGCCGAAGUCCCGAAAUUAACGAAUUUCCGAAGUGUCGAAGUGCUGAAGUUGCCGAAGUUCCGAAGUUGCCGAAGUGCCGAAUUACAGUAUUGCCUAAGACCUAAUAUACUUACCCAGUGGAAGAAUGAAGAAUGUUACAAUGUAUACAAUUUUAAAUAAAAAGUAUACAAACAUAGCCAGGAUUCAUCUGUAAGCAUUUGCAACACUUACAACAAUCACGUAACAAACAUUCAUGUAAAAUGUAAGUUACUUGGCCAGCCACGGUAUUAGGGAGCUAUCUACUAAAAGGCUGAAAGACCUAAAUUGGUCUUUCAGCCAAAUUUACUAAUACUAAGUAAACAUUACUCAGGAUUAGUAAAUUAUGCCCCUACGACGCGCGAGUGGGGGCUUUUAAACUAAACCUAUUGCCCCCCCCCGGCCCCCACCACUGAGCGGCGGGAGGGGGCCCUAAGGUAAAAUAAAGGGGGGACCUAUUGUCCUCCCCCCUGGCCCCCACCCCUGAGCGGUGGGUGAGGGCCCUAAAUUAGAAUAAGGGGGGGACCUAAUGUCCUCCCCCCUGGCCCCCACCCCUGUGCGGCAGGUGGGGGCCCUAAUGUAAAAUGAUGGGGGGGACCUAUUGUCCUCCCCCCAGCCCCCACCACUGAGCGGCGGGAGGGGGCCCUAAGGUAAAAUAAAGGGGGGACCUAUUGUCCUCCCCCCUGGCCCCCACCCCUGAGUGGUGGGUGCCCUAAAUACUAUUAAGGGGGGAACUAAUGUCCUCCCCCUGGCCCCCACCCCUGAGCGGCGGGUGGGAGCCCUAAAUAAAAAAAUAACCCCCCGUCCCUAGUCACCCCCCUCACCCAAAAAAACUAAACCCUACCUACCCCCCUCAUCCUAAAAAUAAUGACUGACGCACUUUAAAAAAAAAAAAAUAGCUAAAAAAAUAAUAAUCCAUAUUUACCCAUGGAGGGCUCCGUGCAGACUGACCUCUGCAGGGAGGGGGAAGGCUUAUAAAGCCUUGCCCUGCCCUGCAAUUAGGCUCAGAACACUCUGAUUGGUGGGUUUAAGCCAACCAAUCAGAGUGCUCUGUGUCAUUUUACACAGCGUGGGAAAGUUCUUUGGAAUUUUCCCACGCUGUGUAAUUUGACUCAUAACACUCUGAUUGGUUACUUAACCAAUCAGAGUGUUAUGAGUCAAAUUACACAGCGUGGGAAAAUUCCAAAGAACUUUUCCACGCUGUGUAAAAUGACCUGGGGGAGGGGGGGUUAUUUUUUUAAUUUUUUUUUUUAGAGCCUCAACCCGCCGCUCAGGUGUGGGGCCAGGGGGGAGGACAUUAGAUCCCCCCCUUAUUAGAAUUUAGGGCCCCUACCCACCGCUCAGGGGUGGGGGCCAGAGGGGAGGACAUUAGGUCCCCCCCUUUAUUCUAAUUUAGGGCCCCCACCCUGAAAGACCAAUUUAGGUCUUUUAGCCUUUUGGUAGAUAACUCCCUAAUACCGUGGGAAUUUCUGAAAUGCCGAAUUGCGGAAGUCCCGAAUUUCGGAAUGUGGAACCGAAAAUUUUCCCCAUGCACAUGCCUAGUUGCUGCAGUACCUUGUCUUAAUGUUAACCAAUUACAAUGUUUCUAUCUAUCUAUUGCCAUGGGUUCUUCCUUAAUAUAUACAAAGGAGAAAUACUUGUUUAACCCCUUAAGGACCAAACUUCUGGAAUAAAAGGGAAUCAUGACAUGUCACACAUGUCAUGUGUCCUUAAGGGGUUAAAAUUGCUGCCUUUUCCUGGUCUUUAUUUUUUUCCAAUUUGUGCUUUAUUAAUUUUUUUUCUCUUUCUCAAAAAACAUAAAACAGGGAUACAGAAAGAAAGAAGGGGGGGGGAAAUGCGUUUAGGUUCGUGAAAACCUUGUACGAUUCACAUAUUACGUAACAUGUUAUCUUAAACAGCUUACAGUAGGGCAAAUUUCAACCACUGGUGUCUCAACAUCUAGUGUUCACAUCAACAUGCUGUAUACAAGCAGAACCUCAACACUGUUGGCUAUGCAGAGCCUUCUUAGCGGUUAUGGUACCACAUCUGUAAUGUCAGUCAUGUUCCCCUUUAGUAUGGCCUUGCUCUUAUACAUUUUAUUCUUUUGUGUUAAGAUGCAGGAUCCGUUUGUUCCCUCCCUAUUGUAAACAUUUCCCAGUUGUGUCUGGCCUCUAAGAUAUGGCCUGGGGAUGUAUAGUUUGUCGUAAGCUUCGUUUCAUACAGUAAGUUCAAGGAGAACCGAGAUAGAAGCCGGUUUUGCUUAGGGCAAGUGGUUUGCUUCCAUGCCCGUGCUAAUCAGUGUGUUUGCAGCUAUCAGUAUGUGAAACAAGAGUGUCUUUUGUGCUUUGUUGAGAGUAUCUGGAAUCCUGAAAAGCAGCCCAUUCUCCGGCUGCAGUGUGAUUUUUGUGUGUAAGGAACCGUUGAUAAGCCCCUCCACCAGCUCCCAAUAUCCCUUUAUCUUUGGGCAUGUCCACCAAAUGUGGUACAUACUGCCUUCAUCUUCCCCACACCUCCAGCAUAUUUUCGAUGUGUUUGGAUAGAUAUUCGCUAACCUGGUCGGUAUCAUUUACCAUCUAUAUUGGAUUUUCCUCAUUAACUCUACAUGUAAAGAACACCUUGACCUUCCUUUGUGUGCCAUAAAUCCCUUUGCCAGUGCUCUCUAAAUUUAUCUAGUGUAUCGUUGGGUGGACUAUCAUUUAGAGUUGCGUAUAGUAUGGAUGGCAGUUUUUUUGGUAUGGUCCCUGUUUCGCAUAUUUUAUACAACUGCUGUAGGGGUUGGGAGGAAGUUUUAUUUAUGUUGUUCUCUAACAGAGAUUUCAUUUGGAGGUAGGAGAACAGUGUGCUUUUAGGUAGGUUGUAUUUCUGUCGCAAAUCAGAAUACUGUCCUUUUUUACCCUCACGGAAUAGUUGGUCUACUUUUGUGCAACAAUUUUGUGUCCACGGGCAAAUGUUCAGUGUGGGGUUUGCUAUGAAUAGGCUCUGUAACGGUGUCUGCAGUGCCCAGUGGUUAAUGUGUCCCAGUUGUCGUGUUGUGGAGUCCCAGACAUCCAACAAUAGUGCUGUUGUCGGGAGUAUUUUUGGAGGUUUUGGUCUUAACUUGUGUGGAACCCAAAACAUGUGUUUUAUGCCUCUGUGGCAUUCCUCAGCAGAUUAUAUCUCCUCCCAUUGUGGUCUUUCCCCUGCUGUUUGUGUUUUGUGUGUUUGUAGGGCUACUGACAUAUUGGCGGCUCUGUAGUACAUGUGGACAUUCGGGAGUCCAAGACCCCCAUGUUUCAUUGGUUUGCACAGGAGUUUUGUAGCUAGUCUAGUUUUCUUGUUCACCCAUACAAAUUGUGUGAUUAUCCUUUGUAAUUUAUUAAGGUAGGUGUUCGGGAGGAAUAUCUGUAAUGUGCGUAAUAAGUAUUGGAACUUGGGUAGUAGCAUCAUCUUUAUGGCCAGCAUUCUUCCUAUCCAGGACAGGUAUUUGUUCUCCCAGCUUUUCAAUGUUUCCCUUACCUCUCGUAAUAACCUGCCAUAGUUUAGCUCCAAUAAUUGCGCAGGGUGUUUAGGGAUCUUCAGUCCCAGGAAUGUGAUGUAAUCCUCUCUCCAGUCAAACUGAAAACAGUCUUUUAGUUGUGUCAGUGUUAUUCCCUAUAGCUUGCGUUUUAGUGAGGUUGAGUUUGUAUUAAGAGUGUUCCCCAUAUGUGUUGAUUUCGGUAAGGAGGUUGGGUAGUGAGGUGAGUGGUUGUGUGAGUGUCAGAAUCACGUCAUCAGCAAACAGCCCUGCUCUGUAUUCAGUAUCUGUAUGCCAUGUAUAUUUGUAUUGACUCUGCUUUUGCUAGCUAAGGCCACGAUGUAAAGCAGUGGUGACAAGGGGCAGCACUGGCGGGUGCCGUUUGUUAGUUGGAAAGGUUCCGAUAAGAAGCCUGAGUUUAGGACCUGUGCCUUAGGUGCGCUGUAUAGUGUUUCUACUACUGCUACGAAAGUCCUUUGGAAUCCCAAAUUUUGUUAAUGUUGCCUUGCAAAAACCCCAGUACAACCUAUCAAAGGCCUUCUCCGCGUCCUAGGAUACGAAGAGGCCUCCCGGUCCGUGUGUCUGAAGUUUGUAUAGUAGGUUUAAUACUUUCCUUGUGCUGUCGGACCCAUGUCUUCCUUUCACAAAUCCCACCUGAUUGUUGUGUAUGAUAUGUGAUAUGAUUUGCCCUAAUCUCAUUGCAUAUAGUCUUGCAAAAAUCUUUGCAUCAGUAUUUAGUAAUGAUAUGGGUCUGAAGUUUUGUGGAACCGUGGUCGGUUUGUUGGGUUUCGGUAAUGUGACUAUGUGGGCUAGCAGCAUUUCUCUCGGGAGCAAUUUUGUGGAGGUUGCAUAGUUGAAGGUCGUGGCUAAAUAUGGUGCUAGGGUCGAGCUGAACGUUCUGUAGUACUGGUUUGUUAGACCGUCCGGUCCAGGUGAUUUGCCGGUAGGUAACGUUUUAAUGACAUCUAUGAUCUCUUGUGAGUCUAUGGGUUUAAUCAGGUCUGCUUUCUGCUGUGUCGUGAGUUCUGGCAAAUUGAUCUGUGCUAGGUAGGCUUGGGGUGGGCAGUGUUACUAUCCUCUUUCAAGUUGUAUAGGCUAUGGUAGUAUUUGGCGAAUUCAUCGCUUAUGUCUUUGGGUUUAGUGAUCUUCCUUCCCUUACCGUCUAUUAGGUAAGCUAUUUUUUGAUUCGCUUGUUUCUUUUUGAGGUGGAUCGCUAGUAGUUUGCUUGCUUUAUUGCCCUGCAUGUAAUGAGUUAUUUUUUGUUUCGCCAUGCAUGCCUGUGUUUGCUCUAGGGCCUGUUGGUGUAUCAGUCUGGAUAUGGUAACUAUUUGUUGUUUAAUUUCUGCUGUUGGUUGCACUUGGUUUUGGGAGUUAAAGUCAUAUAGUUCUUUUUUCCAUUCCCUAAGUUUGGUUGGUGUUAGGUGCAUAUAUGCUUACUAACGUGUAUAACAUGUCGUUUAUUGUUCCUGUUACUAUGAAAUAUCUACCAUUCUUGUCUUCGUCAUGGGCGUGCGGUAUGAAGUUAACGUGUUUGCUUAUGAGUAUAGAAGUCAGAAGUCAUCACUCCCCCCCAGCCUUUCAAGCCUAGUGAUGGUGUCUCCUGGGCUUGGAGCUUCGCUUUCCUGUGUGCUGUGUCUACCAAUAUUAUGACCGUGUGAGAGUCCGAGUUAUCUAGUGUGAGGAUUCUCGGUGUUGGAUGUCCCGGUGUGGUCUCUGCUGUCUGGUGGUCGAUGUUGCCAUGAACAUAGUAAGCAUUGUUUAAAUGAACCCAGUAAUGAAAUAAUUAAUAAAACUUAACAACUAUAACAUAGGUUAACAUUGCCAUAAGUAUGGCUAGGCACUGCAUCUUCAUGCCCUGGGGUUGAAGCUGAGCUUCACGUCCUGUACCGUCUCCAUCCCGUAACCUAAUUUAAGUCGCUGCGAUCGUGUAGAGUCUUAUGCAGGCUGUGAGUUGUUUUAUUAGUCAGUGUUUACGUGCAUUUGUAUGGUUUUGCAGAGUGUCUCUGUGUGUUUGGUUUGCUAGGAGGGCCUAGGUUUAUCUUUCGUGUCUCGGUUUUUCUGCCAAUCUGUCUGUAUCUUGUACCGUAAUCAACCUGUACUCAUAGUAAUGGCUCCCAGCUAUUCCCCUUAUUAAUACAGUUUUAGACAGUGGGUUCCAAUUCCCAGGCCUCUUCCCUUAGUAGUUCUUAAUACAGUUGUCCCUUAUUUUAAGAGUGCCUGGUUAUUAGUCCCUUGUUUGUCCAUGUCCUUCGGCACUAUUGAUUUUUUAAAUUUUUUUUUUUUGUUACUUUACCCAAUCUUGGCCAUCUCCCAGCUUGAGCUUUUCCAUUCAGAGAGCGUCUCCAUUUUGUGAGUGUCGAGUGGGUAGUCAGUUAUAGCAUUUCUUUGCUUUUUUACAGUCCGGGGAGAGUCUGGUGGCGUUCCUUCCUUCGGGUGAGCUGUCUGGCAAGGUGAUAUCCCAGGUUUUGAGAAGUCUGUAACCUUCCUCCGGUGAUUUCACUAGUGUAGUUUUCCCUUUCCUGGUUAUGAGGAGCUUUGUCGGAUAUCCCCAGCGGUAUGGGAAAUGGUUGUCUCUCAUUGAUUGUGUGAUAUCUUUAAACUCUCUCCGGUGUUUCAGCGUGGUGGUAGAAAUGUCUGCGUAUAUCGAUAUGAUCUUGUAUGUCUCCGGUAGGUUUUUCUUCGUUCUGUUAGCAUUGAGUGCUGCGUCCUUAGCGUGAAAGUAAUGCAUGCACAGCAGCACAUCCCUUGGUGUUUCAGGCAGUAGGAAGCUCGGUUUUACUGUGCGGUGUAUCCUGUCGAUCAGGAGCGUCUCCUGGGGCCAGUCAGGUAAGAUACAUUUUAGGAGCCCUGUAACAUGGGCCAUAAGGUCUUGUGUGCUCACGGUUUCCGUUAUACCUCGUACGCGCAGGUUAUUCCUGCAGGCCCUGUCCUCCAUGUCCGCAAGCUUCAUGUCCUGCUCUUCAAUUCUGGUGAUAAGGCCGUCUAUAGUAUCUGCCAUGGUGUUAUGGGCUAUUUCAUAUUCUGCCAUUUUGUCUUUCAUUUGCGAGGUUCUUGUGCCCAGCUCGU